CAUAUAAUGGGAGAUGAUAAAGAGGCAGAAGAGGCCAUCAAGGCUUUUCAAUUAGUCGAAUUCGAUCCACCUAAUAGAAAACAAAAACGAGGCACGAUAGAAUGCGUACCAUCGACUUGGAUUUCCUAUAACCCAUCGACUGGCAGAUGCCAAUGCAAAUUCAUGCCACCUCCGUAUUCAGUAGAGGACUCGGAACUUUUGUGUUGGCUCGUCAAAGAACAAAGCCCUCUACAAGAAUCUUGGCCUGUCUACCCAAUAACACUCAAGGGACAUGCGACAACUUAUGAUGAUGCAAUGAAACGUCUCAAAGUAUUAGCAGACAAGAAAUUUGUAUACACAGAGGAUGGAACGUUACCAGAAAAAAAAUCAGAGGCAGCUAAAAAAGCAUAUCAGAGAAUCAAAGUCAAAGGCGAUAAAGCAAUUGCUGAAAAGUUGAUGCAAGUGCAACCCAUUAACACCUCCAGGAAUGACGAUUAUGCAUCAAAUGUAGACUCAUCCUUUGAAACAUCUGACCCAAUUCCUUGUAUUAACAGCAUCAAGGCCAAGAAAAAAAAUACAAAACUUAAAAAUAUGACAGAAACUGACAAUGAGUCAACAGCUGAUGAAAACAGCAAUGUGAUCAAACCCAGAAAAAAACCGAAGCAAAAAUCAAAACAAGAACAUGCUUCCUCUACCGGCAAAAACCACGUUCAAGAAAUUGAACGAAAACUGAGCAAAAGAUCAUCACGUGAAGUGUCAAAAUCCACAAAAAAUGUGCCUAAAGAAAAUAGCUCUGAACUGAAUCAGAGAGAUUGUGAUAUCCUUAGCGGACUGAGAUACGAUGUUCAAAUGCUAACCAAAGCCAUCGACAAACUCAAGGCCAUCGUUGAAAAAUCGGCCUUAGCGAUGGAUGCUCAUGGGGCAAAUGUCCAAAGUUUUACGACACAAUAUGAUCUGAACCUGCCUGUAACGACUUUGAAGGACUUUGACGCAUUCGACGAGAAAUUAAAAGCUGACAAAAAAUUUCGUAAAGAAUUCACUAGUACAUUGCAUUUCGUUUUCGACCACAAUGCAACCUUACCAAAAAAUGUGACGGCAUUAUUGAAAAAAAAUAUUUCACGGGAUGUGGCCUUGAAUUUCAACGCAGUGAAGGCUGGCAUGGAUAAACGCAUUUUCAAAGAGACACAACUUUGUGGAAUAUUGCUGGAUGUGCUUUUGUUGAAAUACAAAGAGGGAGCGCAGGGAUCAAUGACACAUGUAACUGAAAAGAGUGUUUAUCGAGAACUCGGUAACUGCCUGAGUAAUGCCGUCGAUUGGGAUGGGCAUCGUAAAUCUCGACUAAAGAAAAAAGCUGCAAAGAGUACUACAAUCGCUGCAGUCCAAUCAGUUUGUGUCAAUGUACAUUGCAGCGGCACCAGCAUGGAAUCGUUGUCUCGUAAAUCCACAGACAAAUCUUCUUAGUAACGUAUUCGAAAACUUCCCAAAAUAGUUGUGUACUUUUGUGCUUACUGAUUAAAAAAAAAGUAUUAAAAAAAAAGUCAUUAUUUACGUACUUUUCUACUCACUGAUGGGUUUGAAAAAUAAAAAAAAUAUGUGUUACUUACGUAUUUUCUAUUUAGUGAUGUAUUAAAAAAAAAAGAAA